UGGAGCUGUUCAACCAGUCCUUCCUCCCCCACCAACAGUGCGUCGAUCCCACUGAUGGUAGCAGCUUAGUAUCUGCGCUGCCAUUCUAUACUGUUCUAGAAGGAUAUAUAUGUUUAUAUACACGUCCUGUGUAUUCCAAUUGUGCUGGAGUUGGCAGUAGGGAGACCAAAGAGUUACCUGGCUGUGGGUGGCCGCUGUGUUGUGGUGGCGCUCGCAUCAACAUGAUCCUGGCGCGCUGGGUGGUGGUGUUGGUGGUGGGGGUCGGGGGCGCCGAGGCUGCCUGCUCAGGGAUUAGCUGGAUAAAUGAGGCUUGUAUUGAGGACAUUCAGUGUACAGCUGAAGGGAAUUUACUUACUAUAUGGGAAGACUGUGCGGUCGGCAGCGAGUUGUUUACAUACAGUGAUACAACAACACUACUCGACAAUUGCAUCUAUUUCUCAAGAAAUGAUCAAACAGUGUCCCUCAAAGUCUCUUUCAAUGCAGAGACAGACAACAUGCCACAGAAGUACUGUAGAAGCGAUGCUGGUGUUUUUACACAGUUUACUAUUCUGGAUGUAAAUGAAUUUGAUCCAUUACCUGUUGACAUGGGCCAGACAUAUGAAGUUCAAAUCGACGAGGAAAUUGUUGCUCAGGAAAUUACUGUUGUGAUGUACACGGAUGACGACUAUAAAGAGACCGAAACAUUAAAUUGUGAAAUGACGUCAACAGACUAUAAGGGAAAAUUUACAAUGACUAAGGAGUAUCAGGAGGCUAGUAAACAGAUGAAGUUUUCUCUGAACACAUUGCAACCCCUGGAUUUUGAAGAGCUUAUGUUCUAUAAACUAACAUUUAAAAUCACCAGUAUUGAUGAUAGAAAGGCUACUAAGGAAGUGACGCAAACCAUCCUGGUGUCACUUAACGACGUGGGAGACAAUCCACCAUACUGGGUCCACUACAAUCCCACCUACGAUUUACAAGAGUGUGAGGCAAACACAGCAAUGUUCAAAGUGGAGGCGCGGGACCGGGACGUGGUGGUGAACAACGCCGUCCAGUACAGCAUUACUGACGGGAAUGACGAUAAUUACUUCACAAUUGACGCAAUUACUGGAGAUUUGUCAACAAACAAACAGAUCGAUCGAGAAGCACUAGUCGACCUGGGCAUAACAUCGUUCACCAUAACUAUCACAGCACAGGAAUAUAAGAAUGGUGCCCCUAUCGACCCCAACAGUAACAUUACCUCAUCUAACCAGGUUAUUGUCAUUUACAUAGUGGACAUAAAUGAUAACAGUCCAACCUUCAGUGAUGAAGCCCUCAGUGUUGAGAUCCCAGAGCUGACAGAUAACGCUAUGCUCCCUCUGGCUAUUUAUGUUAUCGACAUGGAUGAGAGAGAAAGUGGACACUACACAUUGACUUCAAGCAGUGGAGAUAUUGUGGUGAGUCCCACAGAAGGCCGGGGCAACACCACCAUCACUCUCACCGCCAUGAACGCGGGAACAACCUUUGAUUACGAAACCCAACAGAAUAAGACACUCAGUUUUACGAUCACCGCGACCGAGGUUGCAAAUGUAACUCAUUUAGAUAACAUGAAUUUGUUAAUCACACUAUCUGAUGUUAACGACAAUAUUCCAACCUUCUCCAUGGAAAAUUAUUAUGUCCCAGUCCAAGAAAUUUCAGCCAUUGGAAAAUCCAUUGUUACAGUGGAGGCUACUGAUACUGACAUCUCUCCCGAGUUUAAUACAGAAAGUAUCAGGUAUUAUCUCACGUCUUGCACAGAUGUGCUUGACAUUGACGGUGUGACUGGGGAAGUGACUUUGACAUCAACGCUGGACUUCGAAACUAAAACAUCCUACACCUGUGACGUGGAGGCCAGAGAUGAGCUUGGAAGCGCGUCUGGCAACACAGGCAACAGUCAAUUACAUAUUAUUGUGGAAGAUGUUGUGGACGAGCCGCCAAGAUUCACAUCUAUACCAUCAAGGUCGGUUGAGGAGAACAGUGCCGCAGGAACCGCCGUUGGCACUGUCCAAGCAGAAGACAAAGAUGCCAGUGCAGAGAUCGUCUUCAAUAUUGACUAUGAGAAUUCAAAGGCAUAUAAGGACGACAGUCUCAUUAGUAUUGAUAUUAGUGGGUGGUUCAGCAUAGCUACAUUAAGCGACGGAAGCUCUCCCGGAGCCUACUCCGCAGAAAUAAACAUUUUCAAAGACUCACCUGACAGGGAAAAGGCAGACCGAGUCACUCUUCAACUUGUUGUUGUUGAUAGCGGUACUCAGGUGAAUGCAAACACCGCAACAGGUUCUAUGGACAUCACAAUUCUGGACGUGAAUGACUCGCCUCCAGAAUUCAUAGCCAAUAAUUAUGACCAGAUAUCUGUGAAGGAAAACUCAGUUGGGAACACAAUAGUUGCGACGAUCAAAGCAAAGGACCCGGAUGUAAACGACAACGUCACGUUUUCUAUAAUGGAUCAACCCAUGUUUUAUCUGGGUGACGUUGAUGGUUCAAGCGGCGUGUUCCAGGUGGACCUCCUGGUCAGGGAGGACGCACAUAUUGACAGAGAGACUUUGGAGUUCUCUGAUGUCUUGGUGACCAUCAUGGACUCUGCCGAACACCCCAACUAUCUUUCUAUUACAGUAACAAUUAUUGAUAUGAAUGACGAAACUCCAGUAAUGAGCCCAGGAGUAUGCAACAUCACCAUAGAUGUGCCGGAAAAUAGCUUGCCUGGAUAUUUUGUGACGAGUAUUGCUGCCACGGAUGCUGACCAGGAAGGAGCUCACAAGGAGGUGAAGUACCUGUUUCUGAACCAACAGCUGCCAGAUGAGAAGAAUCUUCACCUGCCCUUCGAGCUCGACAGUGUAACAGGUCAGGUGACUGUAUCUGGUAAUUACGCAGUGGACCGAGAGACCUAUAGUGACUGGGAACUGUUAUUUGUAGCCUAUGAUGGAUGUGAAUUGAAUGAACUUGACUGUAAAGUGAGGCAAAGCAACUCGUGCCACAUAUUCAUCAAUGUCAUUGAUGUCAACGACAACCCCCCCGAAAACUUCCAGUGGACACCGAACGACGACCCUCUGGUCGUUAAUGAGUUCAUGGUCAAGGGUGAAGAGGCAUCAACCAAGGCUGGUGUUGUAUACGAGAUCAGCGCCCACGAUGGGGACCAGGAGAACACCAACAAUGCUCUUCUCACCUACGAAGUGCUAAGUACUGGAAUUGACGGCAGAAGAGACAAUAUCAACUUGUUUGAAGCAGUUAACAAGAAUAGGACGUCUCAAGGUCUUACCCAGUACUUCUGCACAUUGCGUGCAACGAAGAACUUGACGGAGUUGAAAGGACUCUAUGAUAUUGAAAUUAUGGCAAAGGACCACGGCGUCCCAACCCUUAAUGGGACGACGCAGACCAUACGGCUGAACAUAGAGGACGCGAACGAUAACACACCGACGUUCAGAUUCGAGGACUGCGUCGUUGACGACGUUCCGACCGUCCGGAUGCAAGAGGGCGCGUACGUGAGCGGGCAAGACAUCUCCUGCACCACUGACAGCGGCGAGGUCAAGAUCUUCAAGAUCUACGUUGACGACGCCGACGAGGGCCUCAACAAGGAGGUGACGGUGGACAUUGACUUCAAUAAAACACAAGCUGAAGGAACCACUGAUGGUGUUGGACAGAUGAAGUCGUUCAUCUUGUAUGACAAAGGUGGCUACUACACCCUGCAGGUGACGGAGCCUAUUGACAAGGAGAAAGGUUCAGCGUACACGCUGUCCCUGCACGUGGUGGACAAAGGGACGCCGCCACUACAGAGCUCGUCGCUCGUCAGGGUCAUUGUCACUAACAAGUUCGAGUUCCCGCCUUAUUUCGACCAGCGUGCGCAGACUCUCUAUAUGAUUGAGAACGAUCCGAACGUGCAGGCAACGUUCUGGGAGGCCAUCGACCUGGACAACACCAACGUGGUCAACAAGACGUCUGACGACUACGACAGAGUCUAUUACCAAAUAAUAGAAGGCAACGGGGACUCAACAGUCUUUAGUCUGGUGAGCAGCUCCUUGACGGAACUGCAGCUGAGAAACAGAGACCAAGGCCUUGAUCGCGAGACGAAACCUAAUUAUUCACUACAAAUCUCAACAUUUAAUAGAGACGCCGCGAGGCUGACACGAGAUGAUGCCACAAACGCAAAUGACACUCUUUACGUAACAAUCGUGGUACAAGACGUGAACGACAACUCACCGGUGUUCCAAGGGGACAAGGUCAUCUUCGCCAGCUUCUCCCCCAGUGACAACAGCGGCAAGACCAUCGCCACCAUACAGGCGAGUGACAAAGACUUGAACGAAACCCUACACUACAGGACGAUCGGAGACUUCCAGUGGUACGACACCAACAUUACACCAGAAAAUCCUUUUAGUGUGGCAGACGCAGAGAACAACACUGCCGUUAUAACACUGCAGUUUCUACCUAUUGGCAGUAGCUCAGGCUACUGUACCUUCACCAUCACUGUUGUUGACGCAGUCUGCCUGCUAGACAUCAUCAGGUACGGUACAGUCAACCUGCUAGACAUCAUCAGGUACGGUACAGUCAACCUGCUAGACAUGUUCAGGUACGGUACAGUCUGUCUGCUAGACAUCAUCAGGUACGGUACAGUCAAUCUGCUAGACAUCAUCAGGUACGGUACAGUGUGCCUGCUAGACAUCAUCAGGUACGGUACAGUCAACCUGCUAGACAUCAUCAGGUACGGUACAGUCAACCUGCUAGACAUCAUCAGGUACGGUACAGUCAACCUGCUAGACAUCAUCAGGUUCGGUACAGUCUACCUGCUAGACAUCAUCAGGUACGGUACAGUCUGCCUGCUAGACAUCAUCUGGUACGGUACAGUCUGCCUGCUAGACAUCAUCAGGUACGGUACAGUCAACCUGCUAGACAUCAUCAGGUACGGUACAGUCUGCCUGCUAGACAUCAUCAGGUACGGUACAGUCAACCUGCUAGACAUCAUCAGGUACGGUACAGUCAACCUGCUAGACAUCAUCAGGUACGGUACAGUCAACCUGCUAGACAUCAUCAGGUACGGUACAGUCAACCUGCUAGACAUCAUCAGGUACGGUACAGUCAACCUGCUAGACAUCAUCAGGUACGGUACAGUCAACCUGCUAGACAUCAUCAGGUACGGUACAGUCUACCUGCUAGACAUCAUCAGGUACGGUACAGUCUACCUGCUAGACAUCAUCAGGUACGGUACAGUCUACCUGCUAGACAUCAUCAGGUACGGUACAGUCAACCUGCUAGACAUCAUCAGGUACGGUACAGUCUGCCUGCUAGACAUCAUCAGGUACGGUACAGUCAACCUGCUAGACAUCAUCUGGUACGGUACAGUCUGCCUGCUAGACAUCAUCAGGUACGGUACAGUCAACCUGCUAGACAUCAUCAGGUACGGUACAGUCUGCCUGCUAGACAUCAUCAGGUACGGUACAGUCUACCUGCUAGACAUCAUCAGGUUCGGUACAGUCUACCUGCUAGACAUCAUCAGGUACGGUACAGUCUGCCUGCUAGACAUCAUCUGGUACGGUACAGUCUGCCUGCUAGACAUCAUCAGGUACGGUACAGUCAACCUGCUAGACAUCAUCUGGUACGGUACAGUCUGCCUGCUAGACAUCAUCAGGUACGGUACAGUCAACCUGCUAGACAUCAUCAGGUACGGUACAGUCUGCCUGCUAGACAUCAUCAGGUACGGUACAGUCAACCUGCUAGACAUCAUCAGGUACGGUACAGUCUACCUGAUAGACAUCAUCAGGUACGGUACAGUCUACCUGCUAGACAUCAGGUACGGUGCAGUCUACCUGCUAGACAUCAUCAGGUACGGUACAGUCGGCCUGCUAGACAUCAUCAGGUACGGUACAGUCAACCUGCUAGACAUCAUCAGGUACGGUACAGUCUACCUGCUAGACAUCAUCAGGUACGGUACAGUCUACCUGCUAGACAUCAUCAGGUACGGUACAGUCUGCCUGCUAGACAUCAUCAGGUACGGUACAGUCUGCCUGCUAGACAUCAUCAGGUACGGUACAGUCAACCUGCUAGACAUCAUCAGGUACGGUACAGUCAACCUGCUAGACAUCAUCAGGUACGGUACAGUCAACCUGCUAGACAUCAUCAGGUACGGUACAGUCAACCUGCUAGACAUCAUCAGGUACGGUACAGUCAACCUGCUAGACAUCAUCAGGUACGGUACAGUCAACCUGCUAGACAUCAUCAGGUACGGUACAGUCAACCUGCUAGACAUCAUCAGGUACGGUACAGUCUACCUGCUAGACAUCAUCUGGUACGGUACAGUCUGCCUGCUAGACAUCAUCAGGUACGGUACAGUCAACCUGCUAGACAUCAUCAGGUACGGUACAGUCUGCCUGCUAGACAUCAUCAGGUACGGUACAGUCUGCCUGCUAGACAUCAUCAGGUACGGUACAGUCUACCUGCUAGACAUCAUCAGGUACGGUACAGUCAACCUGCUAGACAUCAUCAGGUACGGUACAGUCUGCCUGCUAGACAUCAUCAGGUACGGUACAGUCUGCCUGCUAGACAUCAUCAGGUACGGUACAGUCAACCUGCUAGACAUCAUCAGGUACGGUACAGUCAACCUGCUAGACAUCAUCAGGUACGGUACAGUCUGCCUGCUAGACAUCAUCAGGUACGGUACAGUCUGCCUGCUAGACAUCAUCAGGUACGGUACAGUCUGCCUGCUAGACAUCAUCAGGUACGGUACAGUCAACCUGCUAGACAUCAUCAGGUACGGUACAGUCUACCUGCUAGACAUCAUCAGGUACGGUACAGUCUGCCUGCUAGACAUCAUCAGGUACGGUACAGUCUACCUGCUAGACAUCAUCAGGUACGAUUAUUGUGUGUCUCUGCAGGUUCAAAAUGCAUUCACAAUGGCUUACGGGUAUCAGUGCUUGAUUGACAGCAUAGCACAGAGUACAACUGACUCGGGGGAGCCUAUUGAUGAUGAGUCCACCGUCCUCAUGCACUUCAUCAAUGACGAGACCCACACACCUGUGCCUGUCAAGGAAAUCCUUGAUGCUUCUAACGACGCUGCGGUCGUCCAGCAGCUGCUGGAUGAUCUGCAUAUUGACCAUCUCAACCUGAAGGCAAUAGGAACCAUCGACACAAACACGGGGGGAGGCGCGGAGCAGCAACUGCUCGUCUUGCAGGUGCUGCUUGGCGUGGUGAGCCUGGUGCUUGGGUCCCUCUGCUUACUGCUCAUUACAGUCUACUGCAUCAGGACCAGAAGUUUGAAGCUUCGGGUGAAAGUGUUGUCAACGAACACGUUCGGCUCUCAGUCAUCAGAGCUCAACAGAGUUGGCACAGAAUUGGCGGCAAUUCCUGGGAGCAACAAAUUCACCGGCGAGGGUGCAAAUCCCAUGUACAACAUGGCUGAUUCUGACUUAAGAAAUGAUUCAAGCAGCAUUGGUAGUGGCGAUUCUGUAUUGGUAGGUAUUGAAGACAAUCCUGAAUUUAAGAAUAAACAACAUAUGGAUGUGUACUCUGGCUUUGAGAAUGGUGCUUUUGGUCGCUCAAUUGACCAGGUGUCGGCGCCCUCAGCGCUGAGUGGAGGUUCAAGGACCAAUCCCCUUCUUCAGCUGCAGGAGAGUGGAGAGGAUCACGACCUGGCUGAUGGUGUACCGGAUUACAACUUCGGCAAAGGAAGUGAAUCAAAUGGUUCAGAUGAUGAAUCAUUUCAUAAGAACGUUAAUUCCAAUUUUUCCUUUGGUAAUUAGACAUCCUGACUUAAGAGCUAUAGUAGAUAACUGAAAAUAAAUUGUCUUAAUCCUAUCCUUCCUUUAUAAACACACACACACACACACACACACACACACACACACACACACACACACACACACACACACACACACACACACACACACACACACACACACACACACACACACA